ACUCGCGCGCAUUUGCUAGAAAAUGUCAAAGUUGUUUAUUGUUAGGUUAGUAUUUUUUGUUAAAAAUAAAAAUAAGUUUUUACACUGAAGUUCAAGCUAAAAGUGCAUAGUGUUAAGUUUAUCCUGCUGCAAUAGAACAUUUAUCGGUACCUACUUCAAAUUUAGGCUUCAAAAAACCUACUAGAUUUGUGCAUGAGCUGUCAAAAAGUACGCGAAUAUUUGUUGUGUAGGAUUUAUACAUAAAAUGUUCCCACACAAUGUAUGAAGAUGGUAACAUUACUUCUACUCCUAAAAGGUGCGCUCUAACUGAGGUCACCAAUGCGUCAAGUUACGUUUCUCCUACUGCUAACCUCAAGUUGUUGACCAAUGUUGCUCUGCAGUAUCCCACGCCGCCACCUAGCACGGCGCAUCGGAAGGAGAAGUCCUUGCAAAUAUUAUGUGACAAGUUUCUUAAUCUAUACCCACUGCAUGGAAAUGGCACAGUUGAAAUACAGUUGGAUAGCACAGCAGCCCGGUUAGGGGUGGAAAAGCGAAGAAUGUAUGACAUUAUUAACAUUUUGGAAGCCAUGCAAUGUGCUGUGCACAAAAGGAAAAACACAUACCUGUGGCAUGGUGGUGCUCGCCUAAACUCCUUCCUGAAAAUGUUAAAAAGGCAAGGAGAAAAUCUGCGGUUGUCAGAAGCUCUUAGAGGCAAAGCUCCUAAGCCUCCCGCUCCAAAACACAAGACUCUUGGAGUUUUAGCGCAGAGGUUUUUGAUGCUUUUCUUAGUGGAGCCACCAAACACUCUUAUUAAUUUGGAGAUGGCUGUUGGUGUACUUAUAGACACUUCAAGUAAAAGCAAAUCAACCCUGUCACCUGAACAGCUGGAUCGUCAACACAAGUCUAAAGUGAGGAGGCUGUAUGAUAUUGCUAAUGUGUUAAUUUCAAUUGGUCUCAUAGAAAAGGUAUCAGGUAAUUUAAUAUUAAAGAAACCAGUAUUUAAGUAUGUUGGGCCAUAUAAAAUUAAAAAGUCUGAAAAAAUUAUUGUUUAUACACCAUCACCGAUAACUCCACUUUCAGUAUUACAUACACAGCAACUAUUGACUCCUUGUCAAGUGUACGCUGGAAAGUCAAAACGAAAGUUGGAGUUCACAACACCAAAUUGUAACACAGAAAAGCUUGGUGUAACAACACCCCCGCACACGCCGUCACACAAGUGGGAUGAAAUUUUGCUUGUGGCAGACAUGGAACUGACUAGAAUUAACAAUGGCAUCACAUUGUGAUUCAUAAAUAUCUAUAAUAUUAAUUUUUUUCCCCCACAUUGGUGACUGUUUUAGUCCCUACUCCUAAUAAUGUGACAUAAAUAAUUGUGGUAUGCAAAUGCAUGACAAAUAAAAAACAAUUUUAAAACCUAAAAAUAUUACGCUGAUGUGUUUUUAGAGUUUGUAUAACCCGCGCUGUUAAAGAAUAGAUUAAUGAAAUGAGGCCAAUGUUGCACUUGAUGGACGUAAAAAUAAUCACAAUGCAAGCACUAGAAAUCGUUUAUUUAUGAUCAUAAAACUAUGCUCAAAUUACUAACUUUGACUUUAAACCACUUUACUAUUAUACCUACAAAAGAUCUUUCAGUAAUAUUUAGCUCAUUGUUGAGCCAGCUGGCAAUACCAGAAUGACUAACUAGUUAUAGAAAGUAAGACUGCCUUGUAUAGAGAUAUAUUGCUGAUUUGACUUUGCAA